AUGGAAGUCCAAUUCAAAGAACCCAAGAACCUUGAAGAGUUCCACAAGCUUAUCUCCGAGAACAAGAAGGUUGCUAUUGAUUUCCACGCCACCUGGUGCGGUCCCUGCAAGUUGAUUGCUCCCAAGUUUAAGCAGUACGCUGCUUCCAACCCUGACAUUACUUACGCAAAGAUUGAUGUCGAUGAUGUUGCCGACGUCGCUGCUGAAGUUGCUGUUCGUGCCAUGCCUACUUUUGUUUUCUACUUGGAUGGCCAAAAGUUCGACGAAGUUGUUGGUGCCAACGCUGCCAAGCUUGAGGAAGCCAUCAAGAAGUUGGCUAGCGCUUAA